AAAUGAAGCACAGAGCACAGUUAGCAGGAAGCAACUUCUGGUUAUCUAGUGUUGGUCAAGGUUGCAUAUAAGCCCAGAGAGAUGUCUGUCCCCAUACGAGCAUGUCUGCUGCUGGCCCUGGCCUGGGUGUCAACCUGUGGAGAAGUUACCGAACCUCCAGAUGAAUCCCCAACAGAAGAAUUGUGCCUGCAGGAUGAGUGGGACUCGCUGCAGGUGCUGGAGGGGGAGGGUCUUCGUUUGCAUGCCAAGGUGUCCAAUGCCAUCCUGGCCGACGCCAACGUGACGGAUCCCAGGUGGUACCGCAACGGUACCGAGGAGAUCUCCUCCUCUGAGGGCCAGCGUCUGCAUCAACACGGCUCUCUUCUCCUCUUCCUCCCCCUCCUCCUCAAUGACUCGGAACACUAUUACAGCUAUGGGAGGGCUUCACCGGACAGAUGCUUCUUGUUUGUAACCAAGGUGACCGUUUUACCCGCCGAGCCCCGUCCCCGUGUCUUGUUCCCGCCCGUCUCCGAGUCGUCCGUCAACAUCGACAUUGAAUGGCCCGUCCACCGCCUUGGGGAGUGUAAAGGAAACUUCAGCUGGUACAGGAACUUACGUCUCCUUCCAUCUGAGAAACGCAGCUUUCUGUGGGUGCGCAAUGCCACCAAGGCUGACGAGGCCAACUACACGUGUGUGUGUACCUGGACACACAACCAGGAAGUAUACAACAGCUCUGCGUCCAGGUGGCUGGAUGUCAGAGAACCCUUGGCAUACUAUCCACCAAUCAUCAACACUCCAGCCAACGGAUCCACAGAGACAGCAGUGAUGGGCUCCAUUAAGACUCUGACCUGCUCUGCGCAUUGUGGAAUAAACAUUGAAGAUUGUAUGGUGUGGUGGAACGUGAAUGAACAGAAGGCUGACGACUUGGAGGGCUACAGUCAAAACCUCACCAGGUCCACACACACACACAUACAUUAUAUUGUCCUUGUACGUAUCUCAUGUUUGCUGAUGAACUCACUGAUAUGUUUAUUCUACAUAUAUAGCGAGUAUGUAACUACCAAGAAGCUGAAUAUCUUCAAGUCUGUCUUAACCAUAGACAGAGUUUCUGCCAAGGACUUCCACUCAAAGUUUGAAUGCAAAGCCAUGACCGACCAGAGCAACACAGUUGCUGUUCUGUUUCUCAAGCCUGAAGCCUCCUUGUUGCUCCCUCUAGUGGGGAAAGUGUGUGUCCUGCUGCUGGCCCUGCUGGCUGCACUGGCCAUCCGACACUUUGCCAUCGACCUGGCUCUCUUCUUCAGAUGGCUGCUGCGCUCCUACAGCCGUCCUGAAGCGCCAGGGACUAGACCAGGCCACGGAGGAGAGACUGGGCCUGUUUGUCACCAGGGUUCUGCCCUAUGUCCUGGAGAACCAGUGCGGCCUCCGCCUCUUCAUCCACGGCAGAGACAACCUGCCAGGAGAGGACUGCAUGGAGCUGGCGGAGAGGUGCAUACGGCUGAGCAGGAGGCUGAUGGUCAUCCUCACCCCGAUCUCCGGGUCAGGGUCGGGGUCAGAGGUCAAUGGUCCGGGUGCUGCGCAGCAGUACGACUGGCAGCUGGGGCUUCACCAUGCCCUGAUGCAGAGUGGGGUGACUGUGAUCCUGAUUCAGCUGGGGGACAUGAGCUACACACACCUGCCCCCCACCCUGCAGCUGCUGAUCCGCAGCAGCGCCCCCCUCAGGUGGUGUGGGGCAGUGCGGGGCGCUACCAUGGCUACAUCGGUCUUCUGGAAGCGGGUGAGGUACCUGAUGCCCACUGCUGCACCAGCCAGCAAGCAGAGACACCAGCAGGGACACCAGCUGUCAGAGAUACCCUUCCUGACUGACAGUCCCUGAUCCAGAGUCACCAGCGGUCAGAGAUGACAGGAAGAUCCCUGGCACGCUUCUCCUUUGAAUACAACCAUGGAAGUCCCCCCCCACCCCCAAACAAAAGACACACACAUUCCUGAUACUACACAGGACUUGUAUUAGCACAACUCCCCCCCCCCCCUCACACACACAUGCAUUCCUGCUAGCAUACAGAACUAGAAUUAUCAAAACAAUGAAAUCAAAUCAAACUUUAUUUGUUUAGCGCAUUUCAUACAAUUAGGCAACACAAUGCUUCACAGUGGGUAAAAGGGGUGGAGGGAUACUCACACUUAUGUUUGACACAAAUGUCCCAGAGGGAAGCAAAAAAACAAAUCACCCAUUAUAAACAAACACACACACACACAUUCCUGCAAGCAUACAGAACUAGAAUUACAGCUGCUCCCCUCUCAUUGUGCCUGACUAAGCAAUUACACCUGAACCAACACAAGUAAAUGUCCCAGCUUACAUCCAAAUGUUCCUUCUCACCUGCUGGAGGAACCUGCAACGUGAGCCUUCAUAUUGCAUCUGCUGCUUCUCUGGAACUCUGUUAAUAAUGUCUGGAAUUAAAGAGA